UUGGUUUUGGUGAGGCAGUCAGGCUCUGCAGGUAACAUGCAAUGCAUUACAAGAAACGACUUGUUGUGGAUGAAUUUAUACAUGGUGGAGCCUGAGUUUCUCUGCUUGGAUUUGCCCACACAUGGGGUUAUUCAGAAAUGGCUGCCCUGAAAUAGGAUGGAGAUAGUGAGUACAGUGGUGUAUUUUCUCCAGAAAAAGAAGGACCACAGACAGGUGGAAUAGUUAUUAAAUCCAGAAGUUGUUAAAAUUAAUGUGCAGGCACUUAGCUCUUUCGGGGAGCAGUGAGUGACCUAACCCUGUUUGACUGAAAUGUGUCUAGGAAAUGCUAUGGGGUUUAAACGUUCCCCUGUUACGGUGGUUUUGGUUGGGUCAAUGGCACCCACAGGUACGUGCCCUCCAGGGAGGGAGUCUGGUCUCCAGCUCAGUGUUCAGCUGCUUGGGCAUUUGCACUGGCUUGUGCAUAUCAGUCAAAAUGACAGUCUUGUGCCAGCAGUAAGUGAACCUCUGUUAGUGGCUGUGCCCAGCACCCCACAAGGAGCAGGCCCAUCUCUCCAUCAGGGUUGUGCCGAGGCAAGUACAGUCUCUCCCACCCCUGCCCUUGGGGCUGGUGUUGCAAGCAAAGCUCCAGGAGGAAUCCAGUUCCCGGGCUCUGUGGGCUUGGUAAGAUGUUUGCAUUGCUCUAGUACCUGGGCUUCAUCGCUCCCCUGGGGCCAGAACUGGGAUAAGCCACUGUGGCCUUUGUGGGGGUGGGAGGGGUCGUUAAUGCUCUGUCCCUUCCCGUUGCCAUGGAGUUAUGGGAACAUUUGAAACAAUGAAAAUGGGUAGCAUGACUAUGAUUUUCUCCUCUGAUCUUUCAUAAUAAAUUGGGGAGUUUUGAGGGGAGUUGGUUUGGUUGGGGUGUUUGACUUAUUUUUAAUAUUUUAUUAUAUUUCUUUUUAGAGAAAGAAAACUCCCAUCUACUCUUAUGUGUGGGAACCUAGAUUAUUGCUAUGUUCUUAGAAAGAAACAAGCUCCUGGCCCAUUAGACCCAGGUUUAUGGUGCCCACUCCUUUCAGUUGUGCAUCCCAGCAGGAACUCUGAGGACUUCAGUGGAAAUUGAGGUCCUGUCAGUGCAUUUACCCAGUUACAGGGAUGGUGAUUGUGUCCCCUGCCCUUUAGGAAGCAUCGAGGGUUAGAGUGUGUGUUAUCCAAGUAUCGCUACUGCCAGGGGGGUCGUGGUCGGUGCGGUCUUUUUCACUGGGGUGGCCAAAGGGCGGGUGUAAGGUGGACACAAGAAGAGCCCGGAGAUGGGCUGAGCUGCUGGGAUGCCCCUUUCUGCUGCUGGCCUUUCCCCAGCCAAGCGUUGCUGGGGGUGUGUGUAUCCUUGGUGUUCUCCCUGCAUUACAAGGGCAUCGUCCUUCUCGGGAUGCCGAUGUGUGUGGAUUGGUCUAGUUUGAAGUUGGCGAGGUGCGAGCUUCGCUGCUCACUUAGUGCUUUGAUCGCUAAACCCUUUGGGACACCGGUUGCCCUUUCCGGCUAGACAGACGGCGCCAAGUUCAAGCUGAGAGGGCCCGCGGCCCUGCUAACCUCACCGCCCGGCUGUGGUCACCGGCGGUGAAGGCUCAGCCUCGGGGAUAGGGACUUCUUGAUAGCGGCCCCCCACGGCUUUUCCCAGGGAGGCCGGUCUCCACAGCCCCCCCGAGGUGAAGUGCCCGGCGGCGGGGCUGGCAGGCCUUGCCGGUGGUACGUUUUCCCUCAUCCCGCCCUCGCCCCGUGCCCCGACGGUGCAGGCAGGGCCGGGCUGGGCAGUCCCGCGGCUGAUUUUGGGUACCCGCGCAAUGCGGGACCCCACGGCUGAAAAGGGAGCCGGUAAAACCGCGCUGUUAUCGGCACCGGCGGGAUCUUUAAACGCCCGUUUGCGGGGCCGGGCCUGCCCGUGCCCUUCCCUCGGGGGGGGGGGGGGCAGGUUUGCACUUCAAGGGGGUCUCCCCGGCCCCGCAGACACGCUGGAGCCAGCGGCUGUAGACAUUUGCCAGACGUGUGAACUUUCCUCCACGCUGGCAGCUGUUAUCUCUGCUCCAUUCCCACUUUGAUGUGGGUUCACACUUGCAAACCCGCCCGCCCGGGACCAGGGGCCCAUAUAAGAGCGGGCCGAGCCGGGCAGUCCCCAGCCCCUCUCCACCAUGAACCAGACCGAGCUCCCUUUGGCAGGGAGCAAGCCCCACGGGGUCAGGCCCCACAUCUGCUGCGCGCCCCCUCCCCGCGCCCCCACGUCGCUCGGCAGUACCCCCCUCCUGGUCAGAGCCGAGCCCCGACGGAGGGGGGCGCGGCCGAGCCAGCCCGCGGACGGCGAGCCCUGCGCGGCGGAGUCCGGCGGAGACAGUCCCCCGGAGCCCACCGACCCGUACCCACCGUCGGAGCCAGGUGGGUGAGGAGGGGACGGGGAGGGAGAAGAGGGGAGCGGGCGGGACGCGUACACGCGGGACCUCGGCUCCCGUCGGUGCAACGGCCCGGGGGGCCGAGAGGAGGCGGAGGCACUCCCCCGGCCGGGGAAGAGGCCUCACCGCCGCCCCUUCCCUCCUCCUUCGCAGCCCCCGACGGCGGCUGGCUGAGCGCCGACGAGUCCUCGGGCUACGAGAGCGAGAGCGCGGGCGGGGAGCGCACCCCGGCGGCGGCGGCGGCGGCGGGCGGGACCCGCGGGCGGCAGCGGCGGGCGCGGACCGCCUUCACCUCGGAGCAGGUCUGCCGGCUGGAGAAGACCUUCCAGCGCCAGAAGUACCUGGGGGCCUCGGAGCGGAGGAAGCUGGCGGCUGCCUUGCAGCUCUCGGAGAUCCAGAUCAAGACCUGGUUUCAGAACCGGAGGAUGAAACUGAAGAGGCAGAUACAGGACCACCAGCACAGCCUCGUGUCUCCUGCUCCGCUCUACAGCUAUCCCGCGGGGACCCCACCAGCUCUGUUUCAGGAUGGUCUCCACUACCCCUUUGCUCCACAGCACCAGAGACUCCUGCCUUUUACCCCGGUGCCAGCUGUGCAGUUCAGCUUCUCCUUUCCUAGACACGAUGUAUUGCAAAGCACCUACAGCUUUAUGGCAAAUGAGCGGCCGUACUACCAGCAACACUUUCUUCCUCAUCCUUCUAUCCACCCAGUUAUCCAGAACAAAAUGGACAAGCAAUGCCACCCUGUAUAUGCAUUAUAGUGAAAACAAAAAGGGGCAGGCAACGGGGAAAAAUGUUGUAUGCUGUAAUGUAUUUUGUGCUCAGAAUCUCUUGUCUGAUUUGGAAGAGUAUGUGUUUAUUAUUUUAAGUUAAACGUGAAAAGGAGUAAUUUUAUAUUUGUACUAAUUGGUAUUAAAAUUUACUGGAUGUGAUGCCACUCAGUAAUUUUUUGUUUGAUAGGCUAUUAAUUUUUAAAAUAUUGGUAGUCUACUAUCUUCCUUCAAAAGAUAGUAGACUGAAAGGAAGCUGCUGAAAGGGAACUAGAGGGAGAAAAGCCGU